AUGGUCCAUCAAAACCAUAUCCGUGGGACAGACGCAAAUGGUUUGCUGUGCCUGAAGUGCCGAAAGAGCGGACACCAUGCAACUUCGUGUCGCAAGACUGCAUUCCUCACCGACACUGAUGGCUUGGAAUGGUUUCGAAGUCCGCAGCGUAACGAAGAGAGCAGGAGGCUGGCUCAACUACCAAAGCGACAGUAUGAGUGCCAGCGGUGUCUCGAUUUGGAUUUGGGAACCUGGCUGAAGUCCAAGCCUGCGUACUCUGGUCCUGCUAGCAGCCUAAGCGAGGCGUACAAGGCAAACGUGAAUGGCCCAUUUCGACGCCUCGGGACUGUGCAAGAUCUGGUCUUGUCAGAGAGUUGCCAGGUAUGCGUCUCCCUUUUCGCAAUCAUUCCGGCCGUCAGAGAAGUCUCGCAGACGAUAAUGCUGGUGCUGGCAUGGUCCGCAUACCGGCUGGAAUUUUCUAUCGGUCUCGACACAGAGAGCCGGCUGUCGACGGCCAGAUACGUCGCCGCUAUUCUAGAGCCGUUACCUCCUGGUGCCGAACUGCACGACCAUGUCUCAAAUGACUGUGAAGCACUCGCAUUGUGGGAAGGCGAAGAUUGCAAGGCACCAACUAGCCUUCGCGCAAGUCGGGUGGAUCCAAGCAGCAUCAACAUCUCCGCCGUGCAAGGAUGGCUCUCAGUUUGCGACCGAGAACAUAGGCUUACUUGCUCGCGACCUGCCCCAGACAAGUUGGCGACCGUUCGCCUCAUUGAUGCGUACAGUCGCACUAUCGUGCCAUACACCAACGCAACUCAGGAGUACCUUGCGUUAAGCUACGUCUGGGGCAAUGUGAACCAGAGCUUUGACGGUGCAGGAUGUGUUGGGGCUCAGCUCCCCGAGCUCACUCGCACGGUUGAAGAUGCCAUUACCUUGACCGUGCAAUUUGGUGCUCGAUACUUGUGGGUCGACGCUGUGUGCAUAAAACAGACCGCAUGGGAAGACAAGCAAAGCCAAAUUGCGAUCAUGCAUGAGAUAUACCAAGGUUCCUUCCUCACGAUCAUCGCGCUGUCGGGAAAAGACGCGUUCGCAGGCUUGCCACGAGUGACACCCGGAAGUUCCGCCUACCGGCAGCUGUCAUGCUCAACUGACACUUUCGACGCUGUUCUGCUCGGCCCAACACUGCGCCAUAUCGUCGACGCUUCCGUCUGGGCCUCACGGGGCUGGACAUAUCAAGAAGCAUUGCUCAGUCCGCGCUGUCUCUACAUGACGCAAUACCAGGCCUACUUCGAGUGCAACGCGAUGGCUUGCUGUGAGUCGAUCGAUACUGCCCAGUCGCCUCUGCACAAUCCUCAGACGACAGAGGAUUUCCGGAAGACGAACACAUACAGUCAGCGUCUAAACCUGGGAAGCCAUCGGAACCCCCUUGGCAUGGCUAUCACGGAUCGCGGCGAAGCUCUGAACCUCUACACGCUCAUGUCUUUGGCCUACAGCUGUCGGCAGCUGUCAUACCAGUCCGAUGCCUUGGCAGCGUACUCGGGCAUCUUGGGUGCGUUGAAACGGAGUACGUAUUUCGAAGAGUUCUUCUGGGGUCUACCCUGCGAGGCCUUGAACUGGGCCAUGAUGUGGCAGGCUCAGGAUUCUGAUGCACCACAGAGAGACGAGUUCCCAACCUGGAGCUGGCUCUCCUGCGCGGGCGGUGCAUGGCCCGGUGGUCCUGGGAUCGGCGGACCGAACAACGACCCCGAUACGUGCCCAUUUGACAUGACUCUCUAUCGCUGGCGUGAUUGCGGCCUUUGCAAGGUAUUUGGUAUGACCAUCAAGGACGUUGGCGGAAGCUUGCACGAAUGCAACGAUCCUCUCCGGGAGUCUAGCCACAUACCUACGUACGGCAGCUACGAUUGUAGCAUGGUGACCGACAGCAACGAACUCGAGCGCCUGCUCGGCUUCGACUCCUUUGCGCUCAACCUUGCAAUCGACGAGUGUUGGGAGAAGGAGGGCAACGGCUCCCACUCGUUCUGCCGCCUGACCAUCGACGGACACACCAUUUACGGGAAGACAACGUAUGUAUCCGAUCAACCCAACCGCCAUGCAGCUCGGCAACUGUGGCUUCUGCUUGCUCGACAUGUUGAACGAACUGACGUGAUGCACUGGUUCGUACUUUUGAAACAGGAGAAUGGCAGGUUUGUACGCAAAGAUAUGCUUCGUCUCGAGAUUCCACGUGAUAGAUUGGGGGUGUUGAGCCGCGCGCCAGCGGCCACCGCCAAAAUAGCGACCAAGUCCGGCCACAAACAACGCUCCAGCCUUCUCGGCGGCAGCGGCAACGACUACCAACCUUUGAGCGGCGCCUCCUUCUCCAGCGCGCGCCAGCCAUACGUGCCAGGAGGCUAUCAUGACCGCCAAGGUCUACCCACAACGACCACAUCGAAUGUGAGACAGGGCAAGGGCAAGAUGUAUAUGCCCAACUCCCUCUGGACCUGGUCCUUCUUCGGCAUCGCGCUCUUUCAGGCGAUAAUAUGUCUGGGCUUGGAGGCGUACGUGUUUGGCGAGUUUGAGACGAGUUUGACGGAUGCGGCGACGGACUCGAGAGUAGGCGCCGCGAGGACGAUACCGACGUAUUUGGCGAUCUUCAUCUUCGGCUUCUUCUACCAGCUCGUGCUGGUCUGGGAUGGCCUGCGCGCGCGAAAUACCAUUCAGGUUAUUGGGCUCUGCCUCUAUAACCUGGGCAUGAUGAUCUAUGCGGCUGUCGAGAUGGACCAGGUGAACGAGGCAGUGUCGGAGCUAGGGCCUGGCUUGAUCGAUACGAGUACAUGGGAGUAUCUCGAGCCGUGCCUGAUCGCAGUGCCGUGCGUGUUGGCGCUGGGAACGGUACUGCUGAGUCUGGUGGCGUGGAAACUGUACGAUGAGUUUGCGUGGACGAUUUACAAGCACAUUUCAGCGGAUUUGAGGUUGAAGCGGCGAUAUCUGCAGUACCAGAUCUACAUCGCCCUCCUCAAAUUCGACUUCUUCUUCUUCGUCGGUUUCACCGUCCAAUUCCUCGUCAUCGUGCACGGCGAAACAUACGAAUUUGCCCUCACCAUCGCCGCCCUCGUCGUCACCGUCCUGCUCCUCUUUCUCGCCACCUGGAUCUGCCGCCGCGAAUCCUACGUCGGCCAAUCCAUCAUCAUCACGCUCUACUUCGCCGGCAUGGCCUACUUCGUCUUCAAACUCGUCCGGAUGUACGACUCCACGACCGAAGGGCAGUACGUCGCUGCGCGGCACAGUCUGACGACGUUUGCGGUCCUGACGAUUUUGCUGUUGAUUGUCACGAUGGUGUCGGCCGUGCUGUGUAUGAUGAACUUCAACAAGGGGUUGAUGCCGCAUCUGCACAAGGGCAAAGGGGAGGGCAAGGGGGAGAUGCAGGCGGAUAAUGCGUAUGCGCAGAACGGGCAAAUGCCGUUGGGCAGUGUGGGGUCGAGGAUGACGAUUGAUUGA